CUUAUUUUAACCUAUAAUCAAUCCAGUGCUCAUGUACAGUCGGCUUGCAUACUAAACUUUAAUUUCUUGCUCCUAUUUGUUAUGAUCUAGUCCUCCUCUCCCUCCUCCUCAUCUCAAUUUCUCUAAAUCUACCUAAUUUGUUCACAGUUUGAACCAAGUCUGUGCUAGAACUAGACAGGUAGAGCUAGCUACUUGUAUAGAUAUAUAUCUUCUGCACAACAUGGGCGAUUCUUCAUCUGCGUCAUACAUCCACAUGGUGCACCACUUGAUCGAGGAGUGCAUCAUCUUCAACAUGAGCAGAGAAGAGUGCAUGGAAGCCCUCUCCAAGCAUGCUAAUAUAAAACCCAUUAUUACCUCCACAGUUUGGAAGGAGCUGGAGAAGGAGAACAAGGAGUUCUUUGAGGCCUACACAAACAGCAGAGAGGCUGUGAGAGAAUCCAAAAUGGAGAGAAAGCAAAGAAUCCAGAAGAUGCUUUCGGGUCAUCUUUCUCAAACAGACACAGACGACAGCAGCUGCACCAAUACUACCGAAUCCGACGACUAGUAAUUUGCAUUUAUAUUUAAUUCGGACAACGAUCGAUAUCAGAAUCAGAUGACCUUUUCUGCUUUGCUAGCUAGAUCGAGAACCGCUAGAUUUUAUCUGUAACAUCAGCAUAAAGGGAGUAAACUAGAAGUGUACGUAGCUGGCUUUAUAUGUAUGCAAAGCUACAAGGACGGCACAUACGACGUCCUGGUAGUUAUCAGUAGCAUUAGUUUUUGUUGUUUUGGCUGCUAUUCUGGUGUCAUGAAUAAUAGUUGGGAAAUGUGAUUUCUGUGGCUAGGGUACCACACGUGGAGUAAACGUGGCGAAGCCUGCUGUGCUCGAACUGGCUUCCAUUGUGCGUAACUGCGUAUGUGCCUUUCAUGCAGAUGUGAUGGCAUCUAUUGACCUGUAAAUAAUUUGCAGCUGGCGUUUGUUCUC